UUUAGCUCAGAUCGAGUUUCCAGUCCCCCUCGGCCUGGUUCAGCAGCCAGAAGUGCUCAGCAACAGAACUCCCAGUAACCUGGAGUGGAGCAGUUUCUGUGUGUGUGAGACACAGAGCUUGGUGGCAGCAGCAGCAGCAGCAGCCGCCCCGGCGAGGUGUUGAUUGCAGGAGGUGGAGGAAUAAACACUGAAGAUGCCUUGUAAAACCUAUGGAGAAUCAGAAAUUGCCAAGUCAUUGUGAUGCUUUGUCAUCCAUUUGAGAGGAUGCAGAGGCAGCUGCUGGCUCAGGAUCAAAGCUGACAGGUAGGUUAAAGAGAAUUCAAAAUGUAGUGUGCAGUUAAAUGCUGUGUUUGCCUCUUAAAAAACUGAUACAGAUGAGUUUUUUUUCUCAAAGGGCUGCAAAUUUAUCUGUUUUAUAACAUACUUUAGCCACUUAAAUGUAAAUAUAUGAAUUAGAAAUGUGAUAAUGUAAAACUUCACAUGCAGGCCACUAAAAACUGUUAAAGCCUCGAGAGACACAGGAAGCAUUUCCCACGCCGUACCACAGCACAUGGAUACAUUUUACUUACUGGCCUCCUUUAUUUUAUUGCAGGUGACUUUCUUCUGUUUAGAUGUGCUCCUGUUAGUUUAGUUUCUGUUACUUUGUUGAACUAGUCUGUCUUUUCAUGCUGUAUUUUAUUUUAUGGAGCUAUUCUCCUUUAUUUAAGCUAUGCUAUUAUAGGUUGUGUUUAAUGCUUUAACACAGAAAUUUAAAUAAAGUUUAUCUUAUAAGAACUUAACUGAUGAAUCACAAAACAGUCACUUCUGAUUGGCCCUAAAAUCACCAUAAUUUUGGUUUCUGUGUAUAACAAUAUUUACAUUAACAGAUGCUGAUGUCAGUGGAAAUGCAGGAGAAAAGAAGAUUAAAGCAGAAAAACACUGUACUUACAGAUAUAACCAUGCCACUGUUGUUUUCUUCAACAACAGCAGUUUUUUUUUAAUCAGCACCAAAAUAUAAAAAUUAUGAUUUCAUACCACCACCGAAUCUCUUGUUGUCUACUUAAUUAUCCCUGCUUGAUGCCAGCAGGUUUAUCACCAUGGAGGAGGCAGGGCUAAGCCUCCACAGCUCCCCCUCAGGCUCCUGGCAGCACCAUCUUUAGGUGGCACGAAUCCCCUGGUACAAGUUCUAAAACACAAAAUUACAGGUCUCAGUGGAUCCUAAUGAGGCGCACGUGAGCCUGAGUGACUUUAUUCACCACAUCAAUUCAAAAGCAAAUGGCUGAGUAAGAAUCAGGAAGAAGAAAAUCAUAAUAAAUAUAAACCACUGAGAAUACUGUCACUUUCUGUCAUUGGCAUUAUUAUGGUAAAGUCCGAGUCAUCUGAGAUUUUUAAUAGAUGCAUAUAUGGUAUGAAUUUGAACAUCUUAGGUGACAUCUUUCUCGGGUUAUCCAGAGUUGAAAAUUGUUUAAAAACCUUCCCAGAUUUCCUAAAACUGUGAGAAACAGAGUGAGAAGAAACAGCUGUACUUUCAUAAAAUGCCACUUUGCAGCACAAGAUGGAGCACAAAGUUGAUUCAACUAUUAAUUAACUCUAAUUAGAAAGCCAUUCAUAUUUACAAUAAAUUAAUUCAGGGCUAAAAAAUUAAUAUCAAAAGUUAAAAAGACCAGCAGCUCACAUGCAAUGUUUUAAAAUGCUGCUCCCGGAGGUGAAGGCUUCAGUUAAUAUUUGCAGAGGGUAAUUACAAAAAUGAUCUUUAACAUGCACUCAGUUGAGAUGUAAGCAAUUCCUAAAAAUCAGAAUCAUUUUUAGGUGUGGUCUCUGAACAGAGUGCUACAGAAUGUUUUUGUCCCACUGAGAGUGUCUGAAGAUCUUUUGAAGAUUUACUGAAGAGCGGAAGCUGCUGUGCUAUUCCUUGAAAAAGACAUUUGAAUUUUAAGGGAUUUCCCUGUUGAAUAAACCUCAAACAAAACUCUCUACAGUUACGCGCGAUCUGAGCUGAAAGUGUGUUGUUUUUAUUCUCCACUGAUGACCAGGUGACCCGAGACAUCUCCUGAAGACUGCAUCCUUCCUAUUAAAGAUGCCACUGAAAGAGGAAGAAGGUGGCUCCUUUCAGACGCAGCUCUGUUUUUAUAUAAGGUUUCCAAUCUCGCAAAAGAUGAAAAUGAUUGUGCAAAAGCAAGUUUGAAGUCUACCCAAGCUGGAAGGCCUGAGGCUUCUUCUGAACACAGAAGAGGGUGGAUCGAGGAGCACUUUAGCCUCUCAUUGCCAGCAUAUAUGAACAAACUGGGCAGCAGGAAGUGGAUUGGUUAGAGAACAGAAACUGCAUAUUUUUUUUGUCUACAGUGAAUGGGUUUUGUCCCCCAAACCAAAGCUGUUUUGCUCUUACUACUUCUCGAGAAUUUAACCUACCUCUUCUGAAGAAAAUCGGUUAAAUUCACAGGAAACGUGGGGCAUAUUUAAUAAGUUGCUGUUUCUAAACUGUUGGACACGAGCAUGACUGAAGGAUGAUGGUCAGUUUUAAAUCCUUGUCCUUCUUGGUGACCUUGACUGAAAAGCUCAGAAGAUGACUAUGUCCUCUCCUGCAAGCCUGGAGGGUAUGACUCUGGCUCAGCCCAUCCCCAUCCCAACGCUGACCGUCCUGCCGCCAUCCUCGGACACAGAGUCGUGGUCUCGCUCGCCAAGUCCCAGACCCUUGCGCUCCAACAGACUCAGUGGAUCCCACCGCAGCAGGACCCGAACCAAGAGGCAGAAGCAGGGGGAGCAAGGUUGCACGCCUAAGCUGCAAUGGGGUAAAACUCCACAAAUCGUGAUAGAGGAGUCUGUGGAGAGGGGAGCUGUUCGACACCAGAGCCCGUCACCCUCCCGUUCUGUGGUACCUGAGAUGGAGACAGAUGAGCAAGGUCGGGACAGCCCCUCGCACGACUUCCUCGUGCCGCCGCCUCGCCCCUGGUCUCGUAGUCCUUCGCCCAGCCGCCGCUCACGUUGGUCCCUCAGGAGCCUGCUCAGCAGGGACUCUGACGGGGACAGCUGCAGUACGGCCAGUAACUCUCCACGCAGCACCCCCGGCAGCUCUCCUUCCCUGCGGCGCAGGGUCCUUGGAGGAGGCAGGGCCAGUGAGAAUGAGGGUGGAGGAGAGAAAAGCAGUGCUGGAGGUGGAGGAGGAGGUGGUUCAGAUGGUGCACUGCCCUCCAUACCCUCUGCCUCCUCCCUCUCAUCUGCAUACCCAAUCGCCUCUCGCCACUUCAGCCGCAAUGCCAAGAAAAUGCAGAGCUGGUACAAUGUUCUCAGCCCCACAUACAAACAGCGCAACGAAGAUUUUCGUAAAAUCUUUAAGAAACUUCCUGACUCAGAGCGCCUUAUAGUGGACUACUCCUGUGCUCUGCAGAAGGAUAUUCUCCUGCAGGGACGCCUUUAUCUGUCAGAGAAUUGGCUCUGUUUCUACAGCAACAUCUUCCGUUGGGAAACCACUAUCACCAUCCAGCUGAAAGAUGUUACCUCUAUGACCAAGGAGAAAACUGCCAAGCUCAUCCCGAACGCCAUCCAGAUCAGCACUGACAAUGAGAAGCAUUUCUUCACAUCUUUCGGCGCAAGGGAUCGCAGCUUCAUGAUGAUUUUCCGCCUGUGGCAGAAUGCACUGCUGGACAAGUCUCUGUCCCCCAAAGAGCUGUGGCACAUUGUGCACCAGUGUUACGGCACCGAGCUGGGCCUCACGAGCGAAGAUGACGACUACGUCUCCCCCACUGCUGAACACAUGAACGGCCUACUGCCAGGAGAGGAGUCGGGGUCGGUCACAGACCUGUUAGACCUCAGCUCAGUAUCUGUUCCCUCCACGGGCAGCUCUCCACCUCCUCUGGUACCCUGCGGUCCAGCCAGUUCUCCUUCAGCUGCCAGCCUCAGCGGAUCCUCUCCACCUUCGUCCGCCUCUUGUCUGCCCGUAGAGGUGCCCUCCUCAUCGGGAAGCAGGCUCAGCUCUGAGCCCCUCGAACCCAGCCCACCCAGCUCACACAGCUCCCUGACAUCCACCACUCCCACCAUCGCCUCCGUCUCAGUCUCCGCCCUGGCCUCUGCUGCUGCCUCUUUUAAUCUGGAAGAGGGAGGGGAUAGCUUGCCUGAGUCAGCCAAUCACAUGCUGCCCCCACCGACCGCCAGUCUGGGAAACCUCUCGUCACUGGACAUCACCAACGAUGACGACCUGCCCACAGACCCCAGCAACUCCUCUGACACACAGGAAGAGAGUGAAGUGGAGGCGUUCUGCGCUAACCUUAGCGGGCGGCUGCUCAUCAACAAAGCGGUCCGCAUGAGUGUGGACAAGCUGCAUGACCUGCUCUUCUCUGCUGAUACACACUUCAUCCAGCACCUCUUCUCCCAGCGACACUUCACUGACCUGACGGUGGGUGAAUGGCAGCAGGACAGCAGCAGUGGGAACACCAGCCGCGUGCUCAGCUACACCAUCGCCCUCAACAACCCCCUCGGCCCCAAGACCGCCCCUGUGGUGGAGACGCAGACGCUGCAUAAAAACAGUGCCCGGGGCGAGUGCUACGUGGUGGACUCAGAGGUCAUCACCUCAGGCAUCCCAUACCAGGACUACUUCUACACCAUCCACAGAUACUGCAUCACGUCCAUCAACAAACAUAAGAGCCGACUGAGAGUUUCCUCUGACAUCUGCUACAGGAAGCAGCCGUGGAGCCUGGUGAAAGCACUUAUUGAAAAGAACACCUGGAGCGGCAUCGAAGAGUACUACAAACACAUGGAGAGUGAGGUGUGCAAGCUGGAGACACUCCUGCAGUCAGAAGUUUCCGUGGUGACCACAGGUGAAGCUGUGGGCGCCGACGCCGCCAAGACCCCGCCGGCGCUGCGCCGCAGAAAACGCACCUGCUCCCGGUGGCAGGGUGAGAGGGGGAGAGAGAGGGAGGGAGGAGGAGUGGGCGCCGGAGACCGGGGGGACCGAGGAGUCGGAGAGGAGAGGGACGCCAGAGAAGCUGGUUCUCCGUUUAUGAAGCUGGGAGAGCGAUCACGCAGUGGUGGACACAACAGUAUAUCCACCAUCCUCCUCAUCGUCAGCUUCAUUCUCGUGGUGCUGGUGGCUCUCAACAUGCUGCUGUUCUACAAGCUGUACGCUCUGGAAAGAGCGGCGCACACACUGGAGACGUGGCACUCCUACUCUGUGGCUGACAGUCCUUUGCCUCAGACUGCUGGAGAGUGGGCUCAGGUCCUGCAGCUCCAGAGGCAGUUUCACCAGGCUCAGCUCAGCAAGUGGCAGCAGAUCCUGCAGUCCUCCGUCUCGCUGCUCGACCAGAUGAAACAGUCUUUAGAAAAGCUCCACCAGGGCAUCGUGGUCCCGGAGGUGAAGCGGGACCCCUCUGCUGACACGGAGUCCCUGACUGAGGACUGAGCCUUGCCCCCCCCCUUGACUGUCCCACCCUGGUGGACCACCGAAUAUCAGGAUCCUGUUCUGUCCCUCAUUUUCACAUCAAAUCCCCAGUGAGAAAGGACAAAACCCAGAUUUCUCCUCGCCUGACUGACUUGAAACGGCGACAUUCGCCUUUAGCCUCAACCAGUAACAACUUGAGCGAGCUCAGACUGGAACCUAUCAGGACCACAGCAAUAAUUUCCCUGCAGCUGCAAUUUGACCGUGUGUGUGAGUGUGUGUGUGUGUGUGUGCACGAGAGAGACAUGUUUGGAAACGGGCCACAGGUGGGCCAGUUCAGACCAUCCGGACCUCACGGUCAGCUGCAAUCUCCGAAUUCCUUUAAUUCAAAUCUCGACUAUCACAGACCGAACUUCCUCUUCUGACCUGCAACAUUUCUGAGGUUCAGUGAUUCGGGAAAGUGGGAGUUUCAGCUCUUUGCAGAACGGUGGGAUGCACGGCUGGGUUUUAAAAGAGGGGAUGAGAAACAUGCUCCCACUUCUCCCAGUCUCUGUCAGGGUUUUAUGUCUUUUUCAAAUUCGGUGCAUCUGACUGUUUCCUGGACCAUGACAGUAUUUAUUAUUACCGCUGACUGUCCCGUCCUGCUCUGAAGAAGUCAUGUGAUGGCUGUUUCGUGCUCUGAUUUGCUGUUUUGUGUGUGGACCAAAAGGAGCUCCACGGGAAUGAUCACUGGUCACAGCAAUAAUAGUGAUUCAUUUUCUGAAUGUUUCAAGUAGAGUCGUAUAUAUAAAGGUAAUGAUCCGGGCGUGUGUGUGUGUGUGUGUGUGUGUGUGUGUGUGUGUGUGUGUGUGUGUGUGUGCGCGUGCGUGUGUGUGGGGGCAGCAAGAAAAAAAACAAGCAGAGGACGUUUAGAGAUGAGAGCCGAGCGUAGGUGUUACUUUGUUUUUGAAGAUUUCUCUUUCAUGUUUGGUGUUGAGUGCAGGAUUUAAAGCAGACUUCAGGUAGGAAAUCUUAAAGGUCUCAUGAGUGACGGAGCUGCUCGCGUCCCAGCUGGGCUUCAAAAGAAGAGGACCAAGCAGACCUUUGAAGGCCCGGGUGAAGAAAAAAGGGAAUCUUUGUCACAGUAUUGUUUUUCUUUGUGUGUGUUUGUACGAUUCAUCGUCUUUUUAUUCAGUUUUCAUGUUCUGUCUUUAUGAUUUUUGUCGGUGUUCGUCCUCUCCGUUCACUCGCCCUGAAAACAUUUCACCCUCCUGAGCUCCCUCUUUGGUUUUGUUUCCUGCUCUUCCUCACUCCAUCUCUCCAUUUCAUUUUGAAAAUAGCGGCUGUGGGCCCUGCUGUGCACGGCCAUCCGUGGAUAACAAAAGGAUGCAAUAUUUAUUAAAGGAGGGAGGGAGGGGUGAGGAGCAGAGAUGAGAAUGUACUGUGAAGAUGUGAUUGUGCACCACGCCAUGGAGAGAAAUGAAAUGCUCUAAACACGCAGCAACUCCUGGCUUUUCUUUGAGUCCGUGUUUGUCUUUAGCUUUGAAAGCUGAGAACUGGAAGAACUUUUAUUUUUUCCUGCUGUUUUAUCUGUUAUGAAUAUCUGGGAAAAAUCUAAAGAUAAAAUGCCCAUCGUAGAAGCAAUGCUUUGAUCCGUUAUUAGAAAAAGCUCAAAUAAA